CUCGACGGUGAAAACGCAGUCGCAGGCAUGUGGCAACGACAACCACACCAACGGCCAAGUAUUCAAUCGGCUUUUAUUACUGGCUGAUUGUUUGUCAGCAUGUUGUUGUUAGCCGUCGACAGAUAACUGGUCAUCGGAGCGAUGCCCGUAGAUCUCAAUCGUCUCGCCGAUGGCUGGCUUGAACUUGAAAGCGACCCAGGUUUGUUCACGCUUCUGCUGGAAGAUUUUGGCGUGAAAGGCGUACAAGUGGACGAGAUAUAUGAUCUUCAGAAAUCCAUAGAAGGGCCUGUGUACGGCUUUAUAUUUCUCUUCAAAUGGAUCGAAGAAAGACGGUCGCGGAGGAAAGUCGUCGUCCAGGAGGAAAAGUUUGUCGAGAAAGAGGAAAUCGUCAAUUCCAUCUUUUUCGCGCACCAGAUUGUUCCCAACUCGUGCGCCACGCAUUCUCUCCUAAGCAUUCUGCUCAACUGUUCCAAGAUAUAUUUGGGUUCCACUCUCACAAGGCUCAAAGAGUAUACGCGAAACAUGGACCCCGAGAACAAGGGCUAUGCCAUUGGCAACACUCCCGAGCUGGCAAGGGCACACAACACACAUGCCAAGCCAGAGCCCAGGCAGCCCCAGGAGAAGCCCCACGGCGUGCCCAUGGGUCGGACCAUGGAAGCAUUCCACUUUGUCAGCUACGUGCCCAUUGAUGGCCGCCUUUAUGAAUUGGACGGCCUGAAACCAUACCCUAUAGACCACGGGCCAUGGCUUCCUGGGCAAGACUGGACGGACAAGUUUCGCAUGGUCAUUACUGAGAGACUCGGUGGUGGAGACAUCCGCUUUAACCUCAUGGCUGUCGUUCCUGACCGGAGACAGGCUUACGAACAGAAGCUGCGAACACUGAGGACAAAUCGUGGCAUCGUUUUAGAAGCCCUUCAGCAAAUGGUUCGCGAGCAACCAGCGCUCGAUGGCCACAACUAUGCGAAGAGCCCCCUCAUGGAGGCGCACUCCCCUGCACCCAGCUCGGGUUCUUCGAGCACAGACACUGCGUCCGAGGUGGGCAGUGCGUUCAACUCUCCCGUACGAGGUUCGCCACCGGGUGCGUCACCACCGCCACAGCCAGUCACAUCUCCUAGUGGAGAAAUAGACCGGCUCGUUGUGGUGAGGCUAGGAGAGGAGCACCCAUUUGCACCGCAUGACUUGCUGGCUCUGCUGAAGACAGUCGAGGCCGAGAUCAAUGCAUGUGAGAGUGCACUCAAGGACGAAGUCGACAAGCGGCGCAAAUAUGUGGUGGACGACUGCCGGCGAACGCACAACUACGACCAGUUCAUCUGCACCUUCCUGUCGAUGCUGGCCGAGCAGGGAAAGCUGGCCGACCUGGUGGAGCAGCAGCUUCAGCCCAAGCGUCGUCUGCUCGCCAAGCAGCCUGAUCGCAAACGGCGCCCGGCGGCCAAAGCCAAGCGACGGCGCUGACGUGUGGUGCACGUCAUCUGUUGGACCCUUUCGCACGGAGUUCUCUCUUUGUACAGCCACCUGAAGACGCACGUGUCCGCUGUUGCAUUUCUUACACGUCUGUCUUAAGUGACGGCACCGACAAGGCGAAGCGUGUGCGUGUUGUCCGUUUUGCUUUGGCCGGAUCCUGUCGUCUGUUGGUUGUGCAUGGUCACCUAGAGGAAGACACUGCGACCACCAUAGCAUUUACGUGUCUGUUGCAAUUAGUUUAAGCCUGAGUGACUGUUCUUACAAGUCCACAUGGCAGGUCUGUAUGUUUUGCGACAGAACCCCACUUUGUUUUACACAUUGUGGACCAGUGUAAAAAGGAAUGGUGGAUUUGUUUUCUUGACCAUUAUGCCCCCUUGCUUCUUACAGAGAGAUUAAUCGCAUCAUAGUUUGUGAUAAAAAGUAUAAAACAGUUUUACAUUGAUUACACGGCUUACAGUAAAAUGAGUCAAAUCAUAGUUUGCGAAAUAAAUGCCUGAGAUAAUUUUACAUUGAUUACAUGGCUUACAGUAAAUUAAUCGAAUCAUAGUAAUUGCACCAUAGUUUGCGACACACUGAAUUACAUGGCACCCUACAUCUUCGUUAUAAAAUAAAUUCUUAUACUUUUACGUUGCAAACUAUGAUGCCGUGUCACACUUCCUUGAACACCAUAACUACUUAUCAUGCGUCAGUGAGCCAUGUUACGGCUCGUACUUCUGCAAUAAUUAUUUGAAUAUCCUUCUCAUAUUGGCACUCCCUGUAUAGUUGCUCCGACAGCAACAGGCUGGCACCUCGAUUGCUUGUGUAUGCCGUCUGUCACGAGAGUGUUCUCAAGCAGUGCGUGUAUGUAUGCGUGUAUGCACACAUUGGUUGGCAUUUCCGGCGAGUACUACCGCCGUCCCCGCCAGUGCUCUUCUUUGAAGCCACAUCGGAUUUUAUUUUGUCAGAACUGGGGCAUUCAACCACCAUCACGGGUUGCUGCUUACUUGACAUUAGUUCGAACAGCAGCCAACAGAUGUAGCAAAACUAAUAACCGUUCAUUAAAAAUGUGAUAACUUUGCUCAUAUGUGGUGAAGCAAGGGGUCUCUUUACCACCCUUUUUUAGCCGCAGAAGGGCCACAUCACCGCAUUUUCGCAGUACGGUUAUUAGUUGUACUGCAUCUGUAAAUCUUUAACUGUCUUGCAUCACGAGUGCGUAAAGGAGGCGCAGCGAGUGGUUUAAUUCAUUUGACAACCUGACUGGACCUGUUUCUUGCUUUCGAUUAAAGUUUUGCUAGCCCAUGC